CGCAGCUGCAGAUUUCACCACGCGCGUCGCCGACGGACCAGCGAGGCGAAGCCCCCUCCGCUCGUGCUCCGCCGCAUUUCGCGGCGCCAGCCCAACUGACCGGAAGCCUCAACGGUCGGCCUAUAAGUGGAGCCAGAUGGCACCUUCCCGGUUAAGCAACUCCGUGAUCGAGAGCACCUGCCCCGUAGCCGAGAAGAGAGCUGUACGCCGGUUAGGCUCGCAGCUGGAGAGAUGGUGCUCAACGGCGUUCUGUUCUUGAUCGUCUGCGCGGCUGCUCGAGCUGCCGCUUCCGGCGGAGACGGCCCGCUGCUGAACGGCAACUUCGAGCAGGCGCCGAACAGGUCCCAGAUGAACGGCUCGAGGGUGACGGGGAAGUACGCGAUCCCGCACUGGAAGGCCACCGGGUUCGUGGAGUACAUCGAGUGCGGGGCGAAGCAGGACCACAUGGUCCUCGUGGUGCCGGAGGGCAGGCACGCCGUGCGGCUGGGCACCGACUCCUCCAUCGAGCACCAGCUCAGCGUGACGCGGGGCAAGUACUACUCCGUCACCUUCAGCGCGGCGCGCACCUGCGCCCAGUCCGAGAAGCUGAGCGUGUCCAUCGUCCCCGGCGACGCCUCCGGCGGCGAGCUCCCCGUCCAGACGGUGUACACCAGCAGCGGCUGGGACUCGUACGCCUGGGCCUUCAAGGCCCGGCAGGGCGUGGUGUCGCUCGUCAUCCACCACGGCGACGACCAGGUGGACGACCCCGCCUGCGGCCCCAUCGUCGACGCCGUCGCCAUUAGAACGCUCAACCCUCCCCACGCCACCCACCAGAACAUGCUGAUCAACGGGGACUUCGAGGAGGGGCCGUACAUGACGCCGGGGUCGCCGUGGGGGGUGCUGGUGCCGCCCAUGGACGAGGACGCCACGUCGCCGCUGCCGGGGUGGGCGAUCAUGUCCUACUCCAAGGUGGUCAAGUACAUCGACGCGGCGCACUUCCGGGUGCCGCACGGCUCCCGCGCCGUGGAGCUGGUGGCCGGCGUGGAGGUGGCGCUGGUGCAGGAGGUGGCCACCGUGCCCGGCAGGUCCUACAGGCUGCAGUUCUCGGUGGGCGACGCGGGAAACAGGUGCGCGGCGUCGCCCAUGAGCGUGCAGGUGGCCACGGCGUACGGGGGCAAGCGCGUCUCGUACGAGUCCCGCGGCACCGGCGGGUUCGUGCGCGACAAGCUCGACUUCAAGGCCGAGGGGAACAGCACCCGGGUGGUGUUCUACAGCACCGGCUACCACACCACGUCCGACAGCAGCGGCACGCUCUGCGGGCCCGUCGUCGACGACGUCUCGCUCGUCAGCGUUUCGCACCCGCAUGCUCGCCGGUUGCUCCGCUGAUGCGUCCCGUAGUGGAAAAUGACUGCUGAGAAUGAUAGUAGUUGCGUGACAACAGGCUUAACAUUGUGCUUUGUUGAUGCUUCCUUCGAACAAAUCAAAUUGAUCAUAAUUCACUGCAA